AGCCGUCUUCAGGGGAUGUUGUUAUCGUCUCUGCUUCAAGUUUUAAAGAUGAGUGACAAGAAGAGUCAACUUACAUUCUUGGUAUCUUUGACGGAUGCUGCGUCAGAUGGGAGUGGUUGUUCUUCCUAUAGGAACUCUAUAGGAUUAGAGCCAGUACCUUACUUCUGCACAAAGUUUAACCUCCAAAAUGCAAUUGUGUGCCUUUCACAGGAACUGCAGGGCAUGGGACUGAAUUGCAACUUCAUAGAUACAGCAAGUCAAAAGUUAAAUCUCAUAUCCCUUGUAAAUGCGUGCUGGGAGAUGACACAGUUGUAUCGAUCAUCUGUCCGUGACAGUAAUUCUCUGCUGGAUCAGAGAAGAAGAGAUGCCUCAGAUAUUAAUCAUUUUCAGAAUAAUGUUAGAGAACUGCGGGCCUCUGUGGAAGAGAAGGAGAGACUAGUUUGUGAUGCCCAGGAAAGAGAGAGACAAGCUGUAUCUAUAAAUAAAUCUCUCAGCUCAAAAAUGAAGUCAGAGAAAGAUGAGGUUCGAAGAUUGAAUAGUGUGUUGCAGCAACGUGAAGCACACCAUCAACAUGAGCUUCGCAAGAAGGAAACUGAAAAUAAUCGUCUUCGAGAACGUCUUCAUCGAUUAGUAUCUGGGGAGAGACUGUCUGAGACUCGCCCAGUUGGUAUUACAGUCUCUAAUACACUAACCAGGUCAAAUCGUUCACGAGCAACAUGGAAAACAGAAGCCUCAGGUGCUCGGCAUGAAGAAGAGAUGCACCGGAAAGUGUUGGGUCAAUAUGAAACUUGGGUUGGCCAAUUGAGUGACGAAAAUGAACAGUUGAAGGGAUGUCUGUCAGCAGUUACUUCGCACAUAUCAAAAAUUGUAAAUAGGUUUGCCAAAAAUGAUAACUGCUUGAAUUUUGAUGGAGAUAUUAACUCAUCAAUUUACAGUUCUGAUUCUCUGGAGAACCCUGUAUUCAUGCUUGAGUUUCCUGCUGUUAGAGAACAAGUACAACAAACCUUAGAAGAAUAUAUGAAAGUCAUCACAGCAGUUAAUCGAGAAUAUAGUAAUGACAGCUUGGAGAAGGACCACUUGAUGAUGAAGAGAGGAUUUGAAGACUCACAAAUGGAAUUGGCUAGAACUAAAGAUCAACUUAUGGCACUCAAGUUACGAGAUGAAAGAGGAGCACAGGAAGCUCAGGUAGCACUUGAAGCUGAAGAUCUGUUCAUAGAAGAGUUUGCAGCGCUCGAAAGAAAGAAAAAGGAACUAGAAGAAGAACGGAAGGUAUUACAAAAGGAACGUGGAACGUUUACAGAAGCUGCUAUUAGAUUGAAUAGAGAGAAAGCAGCAUUUGAAGCAGAGAAGGUGGAAUUACUUAAGAGGCAGUUUUUGCAGGAAUUACCACCAACAUUGAGUGCAUCUGUGGAUUUGACAACAAGCGGCCAUGAGAGUGCUUGCAGUGUGUCUAGCGGAAGCUUUGGUGAACUAUUCACAGAUUCUCCCCAUAGAAAUGUAGGAAUACCUGCUAUUACCCCACCAAGAGCUAGUAUGAAUUUAACUAGGGUAUCAACACCUAUUGUUUUGGGACCAACUAGACUACCAAAGCAGCAGCGUGAUAUUCAAGCAGAAUCUUACAUGAAAACUAUGCACCAUUUGAAGUCUGCUCCAGUAAGCCGGGCACCUUCCGUUCCAAGACAAGAUGAUGAAAGUCCAGUAUUCUCAGACCUGGAAACUAGUAUCCGUCCAUCCAGUUCACGCCCAAGCACUCUAGAAAGGCGACGUAAAGCCGGGUCAUCAACUCCUUAUCGCUUCAGGAGCCAGAGUCAGAGUCGUUUAGAUGCUGCUAAAAAAGAUGGAAUGUACAGCAGAGAAGAAUUUUCUUACUUUCCCAGCCAUUUUGAAGGGGACCUGGCACAGCCCAAAGGAAUGAACAUUCAAGAUGUUAAAUAUCCAUCUCAUGGAUACAGUAAUGUAGACCACUUUCCCAGGGUUUGCAGAGAAAAUGCAACAAUUCCAACUCCAAAAGGAGUAGAAACCAAAUGCAACAUUCAUAGUAAGAGGCUCACAAUACCCCAGUCUGCAUGUGAAGGCAGAUGUUACCAGAGAUACCUUUGUGGCCAUAAUUGUGAUUACAAAGACAUUGAUGAUCAAACCAAUCUUAAAAUUUUAGAAAGAGACUUAUUGAACCUUAUUGUCAAGAUUGGCCAGCGUCAUGGAGAAGCAGCUAAAGUUUCAUAUGAAGAACCACCACCCUAUGAAGCAGUGACACCAAAGAUACUUAGGGCAAGUACUUCACGUGCCAGAGACCCUGGCAGUUUAACAAGUAGUAGGCGAUCUAGUCGAGAUAUUACAAAUGAUGAUGAAAACCAGAAGAGGUUACAUAAACGAGUAGUGAGACAGUAAGUUUUGAAUAUUACAGUAGGCUUAAGUUUUUAUUAGAGGAUAAAGUUGUAGGUUUUAAUUUAUUUUUAUAUAUGUACUGUGAAUAGUGUUACAAGAAAAUCUCAUGAAAACUAGUCAUUAUGUCUUUCUCUGACAAUCAUUUAGGUGAUAGCUUGUUCUUAUUUACAAGAAAAGUGUAUUUUUUUUAGUAUAAUUAUAAUGUAAAUGCAAGGAAGUGUUCAAGAAAAGUGUGGUGGUUAUCAAAUGUAACAAGAAAUAAUUUUAUUGUUCAAAGUUCCUUUAAGAUUCAUUUGCAUAAACAGAAGUGAAUUUUCCAGUUUUUAUUUCUUUUACAACAUUGAAAAAUGCUUAUGUAUCCAGUUGUUUUUUAUCUGAUUCAUAGAGAUGUAGCUUAAGAUUAGUGAAAUUUUUGUCAACAGAAUUUAAAAUUGCUUCAUGUACAUUUUGUUAUUGGGUGUUUGAAUAUUUUCAUAAGUUUAUUGUCAGUGUUGUAGCCAACAGUAGGUGUAACAUCAGAAAGUGACAGAAAUAAAACUGUAAAACUUU